AUGCAGACCCUCACAAUAGUUCUAGGAGAAGUCUGGACAAAUCUUACUAUGUGGUGUUUCUACGCCUUUAUUCCAUGUUUGCUCAUAGAUGGAGUGGCCAUUCUGCCUGCGCCCCAGAACCUCUCUGUACACUCAGUCAACAUGAAGCAUCUCCUGACAUGGAGCCCAGUGACCGUGCCUGGAGAGACAGUAUACUAUUCUGUCGAGUACCAGGGGGAGUAUGAGAGCCUGUACACGAGCCACAUCUGGAUCCCCAGUGGCUGCUGCGCACUCACUGCAGGCCCUGAGUGCGACGUCACUGAUGACAUCACGGCCACUGUGCCAUACAGUCUCCGUGUCCGGGCCGCGCUGGGCCCACAGACCUCAGCCUGGAGCACCCUGAAGCACCCCUUUAAUCGAAACUCAACCAUCCUCACCCCCCCUAGGAUGGAGGUCACCAGGGAUGGCUUCCACCUGGUUAUUGAGCUGGAAGAUCUGGGUCCCCACUUUGAGUUCCUUGUGGCCUACUGGAGGAGGGAGCCUGGUGCAAAGGAGCAUGUCAAGGUGGUGAGGAGUGGGGGCAUUCCGGAGCACCUGGAAACCAUGGAGCCAGGGGCUACAUACUGUGUGAAGGUCCAGACAUUGGUGAAGGCCAUUGGGAGACACAGUGACUUCAGCCAGGCAGAAUGUGUCGAGGUACAAGGAGAGGCCCUCCCCCUGGGGCUAGCCCUGUGUGCACUUGCUGGCUUCGUGCUGAUCCUUGUGGUUGUGCCGCUCUCCAUCUGGAAAAUGGGCCGGCUGCUCCAGUACUCCUGUUGCCCCGUGGUGGUCCUCCCUGACACCUUGAAAAUAACCAAUUCACCCCAGAAGUUGAUCAGCUGCAGAAGGGAAGAGGUGGAUGCCUGUGUCACAGCCGUGCUGUCUUCCGAGGAACUCUUCAGGGCCUGGAUCUAG